AUGGCAUAUCCACACCCCUCACAGACAAUGCCCGCUUGGAUCGUGUUUUAUUCUUCAAGGACAUGGGUGUUGAAAUAUGUGAGGAAUCUCGAAUUCGACAUUCUACCAAAACGGUGUUAUGUAUUCCUUUCAGUGAACACUUAUCCCGAAAAAGAGGCGGAUCGCAUACCAAUACUGGCCCAUUUCAAUGCACCCCCGGUGCUGGCUACGAGAAUGUGUGCGGAAAUCAAUGGCUAUUUUGGAUCGAGAAGCAGUUACGAAGAGGAAGACGACAGAUUAAAGGGUUAUAGCACUUGGAUGCGCUGCCUCGUAAAAAUGAUCCUCAAAGAACCCGCCGAGAACGGCAAGGACUACAAAUGGUACGAAAUGACCAUGUUGAGUCACUGGGACGCGCUUGCAGAAACACAUCAGAUUCUGUGUAUUGAUACACCGGAAGACUUUCCCAAGAGGCUUUUGAAAGCGUUGUUAGAGCAUUCGAGUCAAAUGACUCAAAACUAUUUCAGGGAUCCGUUCUCGAUGCAUGCGCAUUUGUUAGAUCAGGUUGUGCAGUUGAAUGAUAAGUCUGUGUGGGCUAUCAGGCAUCCUAUUCGGGAUAUCGAGAAGAGACGACCAACAGCAGGUCCAGACUUUGAGUCCAUGCACGAAAUCUCUCGACACACGAUCCACAUCUCGGAAGUGUUGCUUGUUACAAUCCAGAACUUUGAGGCUCUGAGAGAGCAACAAGAGUAUAUGCACAACGAAAGUCUAAAGCUUAGCGAAGGCAAACUGGUACUUGGUAAAGAGUACCGUGAGCGAGCCCAUGAGUAUCUGAACUUUCAAAUUCAGAUGCUCAAAAGUCUGAGAGAACGAUCUAUUUCGAAUCAUUCGAGGCUGAGUAGUGAGAUUGUUGUUGCAUAUAACCGUAUUGCUCAGCAAGACAAUCGAGCCAUGAGCUCAAUCGCGUUUCUGACUAUGACCUUCCUUCCUGCCGCCUUUAUAUCCUCCUUCUUCAGCACAACGUUCUUCAGCUUCGGCGAAGAUGGACUGCAAGUCUCCAAACAAAUGUGGCUGUACUGGGCCAUAACCAUCCCCUCAACGCUGAUCAUCAUGAUUAUCUGGCGGUUGUGUCUCCAUACAAAGGCACCGCUGACAUAUCGAAACAUCAAGGAUUUUGCCAAAGCCAGUCUUGAACGAAAGCAAAAGGAGCUGAUUGAGAAGGUGGUUGUUUGA